CGCUCCUCGACCCUCAUAUCCAGUCCUCUCCUCAACUCCCUCCCUCUACACAUCUCAAACUCCAAUAACUACUAUAACGACCUCCACAAUGUCCAGCACCGCCGAAGAAACGCAACGAGCCACCGCCCUCCUCCACGCGGAACAAAAAGCCUCCACCCUCUUUGACGAAAUCGAAACCACGCUGCUCCGCCCGGGCAUCUCGGAAAAACAACUCAACGACGCCAUCCACCACCUCGGCGCAACCCGCCACAACGUGCGCACGCACUGGCACAAGCGCGUCGUGCGCAGCGGCCGCAACACCCUCUCGCCCUUCGCCGAGAACCCGCCAGACCGCACCAUCGAGGAGGAUGACAUCCUCGUCGUCGACCUCGGCCCCGUCUUCGAAGAGUGGGAGGCGGAUUUCGGCCGCACGUAUGUCCUCGGCGACGACCCGGCGAAGCUGGCACUGCGGGAUGCGCUGGAGGGGAUCUGGGUGGAUGUCAAGCGGGAGUUUGAUGCCGACCCGGACAUCACGGGAGAGGGGUUGUAUGCGAUUGCGGCACGCAGGGUGGAGGAGGAAGGGCGGAAGCAAGGGCUCGGGUGGGUGUUUGGGGCGGAGAUUGCGGGACAUCUUGUAGGCAGCUUUCCGCAUGAGCGGAUCCCCAAUGAUCGCGUGACUUUGUACAUCACGCCGGGGAAUGGGGAGAAGAUGCGGAGUAAAGGGAAGGGGGGGUGGGACCGGCAUUGGAUUUUGGAGAUUCAUGUGCAUGAUAAAGUACGCGGGUUUGGGGGUUUCUAUGAGCGGUUGUUGACUGUGGGGUGA